AUGCUAUUUAAUCUUAUUUUACAACAAAUAAUCCAUCAGGAAGGCCAUAUUAUUACACUUUCACUGUCCGUUUAAUAUUGAGACCACGCCAUUUUAUGUUCACUCCGUUCUUUGCGACGCCUACUGUCACCAGUACGCUCCCAAAUGUUUUGAAAAUAAUUCUGAAACUGGGUGCGUUCGGGCCUUGAGUCAUAAUUCAAAUGAUUCUGACUAUGAAGCAUCUAAUCAGACUUAAUGCACAACCACAGCCAGAUGCUUCAGGGGCGUUUUCAGUUGUUAUGUUAACAUUGUGAAUAUAGCGUAUUGUACCCAACUUCUGCGCGUCAUCGUAUUGAAAUGGUGUUGGUGAACCUGCUACAGAAAGUAAGUCGGCCAUCGCCCUAAACAUCAAGCUUUUGCACGCAGCUUCGUAAAUUGUGUUAAAAUGAAGAAUCGGUAUUGGGCGAUUCUUGAAAAUACAUUGUAAACAUUUUGAAAGCGCGAUGUGUGUGUAAACGAGUGAGGAAAAGAGUUUUCUGCCUGUGACGUUGACUGUCAUCGGUUCACCAUGUCUGUUAGUGCCAGUGCUGAAAAUUUAUCCAGUGACAAUCAAAGUUCUGGUGAUGGGGGUAAUAUGUGUUUGGAAUUGGCAUUGGAGGGAGAGCGGCUAUGUAAAGCAGGAGAUUGUCGUGCUGGUGUUGCAUUUUUUGAGGCUGCCAUUCAGGCAGGUACUGAUGAUUUGAGAACACUUAGUGCUAUUUAUAGCCAGCUUGGUAAUGCAUUUUUCUAUCUUGGUGAUUAUGUGAAAGCUAUGCAGUACCACAAGCAUGAUUUAACUUUAGCCAGAACAAUGGGAGAUAAAUUGGGAGAAGCCAAAUCAAGUGGUAAUCUGGGCAAUACCUUGAAGGUAAUGGGCAAGUAUGAUGAAGCAAUGAUCUGCUGCAAGCGACAUUUGGAAAUAUCAAGAGAAUUGGGAGAUAAGUUAAGUGAGGGAAGAGCUUUGUACAACCUUGGGAAUGUGUACCAUGCUAAAGGCAAGCACAUUGGACGAGUGGGGCAGCAGGACCCUGGUGAAUUUCCAGAAGAUGUGCGGAGUUGUUUGCAGCAGGCUGUUCAUUAUUAUGAGGAAAAUUUGCAGUUGAUGCGUGAAUUGAAUGAGACUGCUGCACAAGGCAGGGCUUGCGGAAAUCUUGGCAAUACUUAUUACCUACUUGGUGAUUUCCAAAAAGCAAUAUAUUAUCAUGAAGAGAGACUCAAAAUUGCCAGAGAAUUUGGUGACAAAGCAGCAGAACGUAGAGCUAACAGCAAUCUAGGAAAUUCUCAUAUAUUUCUAGGAGAAUUUGAAGCAGCUGCAGAACAUUACAAACGCACCUUAGUUUUAGCGCAAGAACUGGGGGAUCGGGCAGUUGAAGCACAAGCAUGCUAUAGUUUAGGGAACACUUAUACCCUUCUCCGAGACUACCCCACAGCUAUAGAGUAUCACCUUCGUCACCUCAUCAUAGCACAACAGCUAAUGGACAGAGUGGGAGAAGGUCGAGCCUGUUGGAGCUUAGGAAAUGCACACUCUGCAAUGGGUAACCAUGAGAAGGCAUUAUAUUUUGCUACUAAACACUUAGAAAUAUCAAAGGAGCUGGGUGAUCCUAUGGGACAGGCAACUGCGCAGAUGAAUGUGUCUGACCUGAGGAAGAUGCUUGGGCUACCUGCAGAUGCAGAGAUUGCAACACCUGACGUGGAGGUGAUGUGCGGUGCAGCCAACACUGCCCCUGGGGCUGCUGAUCGAAGUUCUCCCAGCGCACUUCAUCACAGGGUGAGGAGAACAAGCAUGGACCGUCUGGAUCUUAUAAAGCUCACCCCUGAUGGCAAACAUCCAUCCAAUGGUGCUGUAAACAAGAUCCAAGUGGCUGCUGCUGGGGAGCCACAAGCUUCACAGACUUUGCCUUCUGGUUCUAUGGCUGAGGAAAAUCAGGGUAAACAUCCUGAUGAUGAAGAAUCGUUCUUUGACCUUCUCUCUCGCUUCCAAUCCAAACGUAUGGAUGACCAGCGCUGCUCUCUGAACAUAGUUGAGAACAAGGAGAACAACCAUUCUGCAGCAGCAACGGCAGUACGAAACAACAAUAACAACAAUAAUGCUGUACCAAUGAAUCCAACAGAGAAGAUAGGGAUCUUGAGCUCUGCCAGUAAUAAUAAAGCCACUCCAUUGAAUAACAGUAAUGCUGCCUCCAACAAGGGGUUGAAUUUCUCCAAUGCACCAGUGAAUUUCUUGCUUGAUGGAUGCAUAUCAAUGGUUACAGCAGAGGGCUCACGGGUCCAGGAUGACUUGCUAGACCUGAUUGCUGGGAUGCAGAGCAAGCGCAUGGAUGAGCAGCGUGUGGCACUGCCACAUCUGCCUGGUCUCCAUCCACCCGCCCAGGGCCAAGUGCUACAGCGACUCUCAGUGGGACAGAUCAGUGAAGCCCCUACCAUGCCCGAUGACACCUUUUUGGAAAUGCUGAUGCGCUGCCAGGGUUCCCGCUUGGAGGACCAGCGCAGUUCGCUACCUGUGGAUGCUGAGCCUGAGCCAUCGGAUCCUCGCCACAUGGUACGCGGUCCCACCGUCCCAGAUGAGGACUUCUUUGAUUUGCUGUCCUCCAUUGUCCGCUUGCAGUCAGGUAGGAUGGAAGACCAACGUGCAUCUGUACCCAUGGCAGUUCAGCCUCUUGCUGAGAACCGCCUCAACAAUGGAGCCACUAAGAUUUCAAGCAGGAAAGAUAAGAAGAAAUGACUAAUACUUUCUGCUCCUCCUUCACUCGAUUGUCAGGUGGAGUCAUCAAAGAAAUAAAAUUCUUGCUUUGGUUUUGAAUUAAUUCUUAAAAGUAUAACCAUUCUGAAAAACAUACAUUUUUGUUGAUAACCUGUGAAGGAGGAAUUAAAAGUAAACAAAAUUUUCCACAUACACGGAGAAGUUAAUUUCUCUCCCAAUAAGAAUUGUCUUUGGGACUUCUUGAUAUAUUUCCAUCAUUAACAGAGAAAUACACCUGUUGCAGAUGUUGUUGUGAGUGGAGCAUACGAUUUUAUAUUGGCAAGUUAAUGCCUAUGUCCUUACUAUUUUAAAUAAUGUCUGUAGGCACUCCUGUGUGCACAUAUAUAUGUGCAUUCACAUGUUAAUACAUAUAUAAUGUUAACUUGCCAUGCAUGCACAUAUAUUCACAAGUAGUACCUGUGGAAAUAGAAUCUUGUUCUUUCAGAGUAUCAUAUCAUCAUUAUUUUUAUUGUUAUUAUUAUAAUAUCGUGCCACAAAGAUAAAUAAACAUAUAAUGAAAAUGGUUGCUUUAAGUGAAAGGUAGACAUUAUAAAAAGAAAUAAAAAUUAUAAACACUGAUUUGUGAUGAAAUAACCAAAAAAAUUAGGAAUUACUACUGAUUUCGCUUGUUCCUAUGAGCUUGCUCAGGAAAAAAUAUCAAGAAUCCAUGUGAAAGAAGAGCAAAGUUCACUAAGAAGAAUGCAACCAAAGAUGGUUGAUCUGCACCUUGAAAGAAUGAUUUACUUUGAAAGAGGAUUCAUUUAGGAGAAAUUGAGGGUAUUGAGAUCUGUUGGGUGGAUUGAGGCCCCUGGGAAAUUAAGUUUCUUGAUGAUAAAAAUCUCUAACAGUGCAUUUUGAAGGUUCGCGAAGUUGUGUUUUGAGGAUGAAAAGUUGCUAUUGGGAAAUGAAAUGAAUUUUUUUUUUGUAGCAGAGAUAAAGAAAGUGGGAAUGUAGGUGUGAUGUUUUCAAUCAGUUAAAAUGAAAGUUGUUGAAUCCAAAUGUUCUGGGUGGAAAAUAAGAAAUAAAAAUGAAAUCUCUUUCAUAGUAUAAAUGUCAAAUAGCACUAAUUACAAUUUUGAUCAUGUUCAUGAGAACAAAGCCUGAUUUCUUACUUUAAAUUUUAUUUACACAGUGAAUUUGAAAGUUUGUAUUUGCACUUAAUAGUACCUCGGUGCUACUUAAACCUGGCUGAGAAAGAACCAAGGAUUCAAUGUGUGAUAAUUUUAAUUAAAAUUGUUCACACUUUUCAAAAACCAACUGGAAAUAUGUGUUAGUAAAUUUAUUACUCUACAAAUUGGCAUGUCUAUAAAUUGGCAAAAGCAAGUACUUGAAAAUAAGAUUGCAGAAGUCACUCAAAGGAAUACUUUCUCUAUUUGCAUUGAAAAACAAAACAAAAGAAGAUAACAUUGCUCAAGGAAUCUCUAUUUGAACAGCUGACAAUGCACCUGGAAGUGAUGAACUAAAGAUGAUCAUUGUGUAUGGCAAAGAGAAUAUUUCUACUUGGGUGGGUUUGGGACAGCACUCGAAGCAUUGUGGUAAUGAUGAUUUCAUUUUAUCUUGCCUGUGAUCUGGUGGAGCUGCCAAAUUCAUACAUUUAGUUAUAUUAUUUUUUGAAGUACAGCAGAUAUGUGGACGAAAAGUGACACCACUUGUCAUUUAGAAAAUAUGGGUGAUAGAAGCAAAGAGGAAAGAUUUUCUGUGGAGUGAACUUCUAUUGUAUUGGCUCCAUAAGAAAAAAUAAGAUGCAUAGUCCACAUAAAUACCACAUUAAUUUAGAUUUACAGCAUUGUAGGAUUUCAAUUUUUACUCAGUGGUUCUUGAAUUAUUUUUUGAAAUGCUUUUGGAGGAAGUAUUUUAUUGCUUGACUUUCUUUCUAAUUUUUUGUGUUUCUUAGUGUUAAGUUGAGGGUAUGCCAAGAUGAACAAAAAUAUCUUUCCAUCCGUUUAUUUUACGCAAAGAUUUGUGGGUUCAUAUGUCAUUUGCUAAAAGAAAAAGACAUCAAAUAAGGCUUGUCUCAUUUUUUCUUUUCUAGUCUUGAAUUGAAUGAAUGUUGUAUGUUUAUUAUUGUAUUGGGAGGCAAAAAACUCAGAAGAGUGUUGUACAUUGAGUGUAUCAUAUGGUACUGAUCAAUAAUACCAAGUAAAUUUUGUUCUACAUUAUAGGAGAUAAUGAAUGUUAUGUAAAAGAAAUAUGUUCAUGAAAUGAACACACUGAAUUCAAAAAUUUUAGAAGUAGUAUUUUGGUAUCUUACAUCCAAUAUAUAAUUCUUGAUAUCCAGGACAAUAACUGGUGCAGCUCUCAAGUAGUGUAGUUUUUGAAAUUUUGAGCAAUUUGGGUUAUGAACAAAUUAGUUUUGUUUCGCAUUCUAUCAAUUACAUAAUUUAAAAAAAUAUGGAGUUAACUUUUGUAUUGUCCUCAGUUGACAGACGACUUGAGGUCAAGAUGCUUCUUUUCACAGGACCUUCUUGUUGUCUUUAUUCUGUGCCCUGUACCUUUGUAAGAAUAUUUUUAGUGCCAGAUGCACAGAGCUCGAAAUGAAAUAUGUUGAGUUACCAUGACUUUUGAUGUCUGCACAAAGACGGUUGCCGCAUUCAAUGAAUGCCCAGAGACUGGAAGAAAGUACCUUCUCAGAUUUAUUUGCUUUUGUAUGUAAUUGUACUGCAAUUAUAUGGAUUUUAGAAAUAAUGUUAGAUUUGGUUUAAUUAUUCAUUCUUUAAUCUAUUGUAUAACAUUUUAUUAUAAGAAUGCAAUUUACUGUUGCUCUCAAUACCCUCCCUCAUGAAUGUAAUCAUGAGGUGAAUGUAAAGAAAACUACAUUGCACGCCAAAAAAUAAUUAUAGAUUACAGAUGUUCUUGACACAUAAAUGAACUUCAUGCUUCAAUUUUUAAAAAAAUUGAUUUAUUAUGAGAUGAAAUGUAUUAUAAUUGGUAUCAAAAUUGAAAAAUAGAAAGUUGUGUCAAGAAGAAAAUCAUUUUGAUAGUACUGUGAGAAUGUCACAGAACUUCUUACAUAGUUUAUUGUUGUGGGCAGCAGUGAAGCAUGUUACAUUGAUAGUAAAUACAGUUGUAUGUAAUAUUUUUCUAUGUAGCUUAACACUGUUGUUAUAUGAAGGAAGGCUGUUGAAGGAAAUCAUGUAAAUGGUUCAUGUGUGUAACUUGCACAUCAGAACAAUCUAUGGUCAGGUCAGAUGUGUGAAAAUGGGUAUUUUUGAUAAUUUUAUUGAUAGUAAAAAUAAUAAAAUUUAAAUUAUUUUAAUACAUUUUAAUUUUUUAAAGUUGUUUGAGAAACAGAAUGAAAUACACUGUGAAAUCCACAGAAUUAAUACUUGAGAGUAUCUCUUGUUUAAUUGCUGAUUGUAUAUUCAAUAAUACAUUUUCUCAUAUAACUGAUACGAAUUUAUAUUCAUUUGGUAUAGGUGUUUUUCUUUCUACUAAGUUACAAUAAAAAUGUAGGGUUAAAAGCUGGACCCUUUGGGUCAAGACAUUUGGAUUUCCCAUGAUUAUUAAAUGAAAAAGGAAAUAUUAUCCAAAUGAAAUUGUGCCAAACUCUUUUUAGAGAUACAAACAGUAAAGUCACUAUACUCAUUUAUGAAUGGCAUUUUAUCUCAGUAAUUGUGAAUGUAUUGUUUAACUGACUAUUUACAACACUGACUGUUAAGCCUUGCAGAAGUCACAAGAUAUGAGGAGGUCUGAAAUUUGACAGUAGAAUAUUUGCCUUACUCUGUAAGUGACUGAAUUGUGAAAGAAAAAUUAAAGACUGUAAUAAUAUAAUAAAGAUAUUUAUGAAAUGAUGAAACAGUUCAAAGUAAACUGACUAAAACCAUUCUGAUGUCUAGACCAACUAGAACUAGGUAAAAUAUAAUUUAAUGAUCAAAAAGAAUAAAAUUAAGCAACAAAAAAUUUUUGGAAGAAGCAUGUAUUUUUUUUUUACAAAUUGUUACGCACUCUUAAUGUAAUAACCUUUAAAACAAUCUAAUUAGAAUUAUUCUUGAAAAUUACAAGAGUGCAGGAAGAUUGAAAUUAAUUCCCACUUCCUACAGAAUUGAAAGAAAAUUAAAUAACAUAAACUCAAAAGUUAAAUUGAAUAAUUAUGGCUUUUGAUUAAAUUGCAGGCAAUUUCAAAAUUGAUAGUUAUUUUAAUUUUUUAAAGUCAUACUGUAAGACUGCACCAAAGUACUAAUAAGGAUAUUUUGAGAAAACAUAAAGAAAUAGGUACAAUCAUUUUUGAAAAUUUUUUAUUUUGAGGAGGUUUAGUCACUGUCUUUUACCUGCUUCAACACAAAAUAAAUAUCUUUGUUGUAAAUGUAGAAUAUUGACCUUUUGUUUAUUUUCCUUUCUGUGCAUAGUUUUUUUUAUAUAAAUUUUUGUUUUAUGUUAAGAGUUGCCUUCAGCUUCAUAUAACUACAAAGAAAGGAGGUGGAAAAAAUGAGAAUCUGACUUAGGAGCUCGUUCCUUUUUGCCUUUAACAUAAAUGAAAAUGUUUGUGCUUUCAAUGUGUAUUCCAGAGAUUGCAUUUUAUUUAUAAUUAUUUUAUGCGAAAGUGCUUUGUAUGUAGCAUUUUUAUAUUUUGUCUUCUAAAGAUUGUUUCUUUGGUGUAACAUUUUAUAAGAACUUCUUUAACUAUAAAAAACAAAAUAAUUGUUGUUGCCCUCCAAGUGGUUUUGGACCCCUUUUACUCAGUGUAGAAUGGUGAUCUCACACCCACUUCAAUUUACGUGAUGUGCCAAAACUCAUGUACUUAUCACACUUUUUUAAAAUUGACAAUUAUGGUACUUUCCACCAAAAUAGAUGUAUGCCCAAAAGUGUCUCUUCCUUUUGGUGUGCUAAUACUUCCAUAACUUGAAAGAGUUGACAUUGUCUUGUUAUUAGUAUAAUGUAGAUUUAUUUUAUUAUGAAAAGUUGAAACAUUUUUGUAGACAUUCGUAAUUUAUUUCUAGAGCAGUGUUCCUGAAGUCUUACAAAGUGAAGAUAACUUGUACCAGAAAAAGGUUUUCAUGCAUGUGUGUGAUAAAAAUUGUUCCAUGCUGCCAGUCAGAAAUAAAAUCCAUUUAUAUCUGUAUGUACUUUCAAAAGACCAUGUUAUUGAAGUUCUCUUUGUCUUUAAACUAAUUGUAUGAGGUCAGCAAUUUGUUGAAUUUCAAAAGGGUCACUGACAAAAUAUUCAGAUUUCUUUUAAAAGUGCAACGAAAAAUCUGUGAAUUUAUGUUAAAAUAACAAGUCAAUAUAUUGAAAUAUUUAGAAGUGUGAUAUGUUUACUCAGAAACUAUCAAUACAUUUUAGUUACUUA